AUGACAGAAUUUGUCAUAAACCAUCAAAUUGAUAUAGCAUUGAUUUCCGAAACAAAGCUACACUCUAAACAUAGACUGAGUUUCAAUGAUCACAGAUUGAUCGGAACUAACAUACCCAAUGCCAAAAAUGGAGGAGGCACUGCUAUAUUAAUAAACAAAAAAUUUGAUUUUACUCCAAUAACAUAUCCAAACUCAUUAACCAACAAAGUAAUAGAAUACACCGCCAUCAAGCUCAAUGUUAAAAAUAAGAAAACCUUUCUCAUAUUCAGCAUUUACGCUGCAUAUAGUAAAACUAAUAAUCACGGUAUCUUACUAAACCGAUGGGAAGAGAAAAACAAUAUAACUCACAAAACUACACUACAUAAUCCUAAAAGACCUACAUAUCCCAGCGCUGGUUCAUACCUCGAUCAUUGCUUGGCAGACACCCGGAUUCAACUUAAAGAUCUACGUCCUAAUAGGAAACUCGUCAAUUAG